GUCCAGAGGUCCAAGAUGACAGAAGAGGUGAUUGUCAUCGCCAAGUUUGACUACCUGGCUCAGCAGGAGGAGUUGGACAUUAAGAAGAACGAGCGUCUGUGGCUGCUGGACGACAGUAAGUCCUGGUGGAGGGUCCGUAACACCACCAACAAGACCGGCUUCGUACCCUCUAACUAUGUCGAGAGGAAGAACAGCGCCAGGAAGGCAUCCAUCGUCAAGAACCUCAAAGACACACUAGGCAUUGGGAAGGUGAAGCGUAAAACGGGGAUGCGUGACACGGCCUCCAACGCAGACGCUGACAUGUACUCCGACAACGGCGAGCGCCUAUACGACCUCAACCUGCCGGCGCUCGUCAAGUUCAACUACACCGCCGAGCGGGAGGACGAGCUCUCGUUGGUCAAGGGCACCCACGUCAUCGUCAUGGAGAAGUGUAGCGAUGGCUGGUGGCGUGGGGGGUACCAGGGGCGUUCCGGGUGGUUCCCCUCCAACUACGUGACGGAGGACGCAGACGGGACAGCGGGGGGAGGAGGUUUGGGGGACCCGGCAGGGUCGCUGACUGAAAAGCUAGCGGCAGUAGUUCACAGUGCGUCUAACGGGACCCGGAGACUCCACACGGUGCAGGCGCUGUACCCUUUCAGCUCGGAGAACGAGGAGGAGCUGAACUUUGAGAAGGGAGAGGUGAUGGAGGUGGUGGAGAAACCAGACAACGACCCUGAGUGGUGGAAGUGCCGUAAAGCAGACGGACAGCUGGGACUAGUGCCUAAAAACUACGUCACUGUGCUGCCUCCCCAGCAGGACUCCACUACCCAGAAUGCCUCACCGGGCCCCGCGGGGCCGCCCACGCCCGACUGUGACUACAUCUCUCCGGCCACGGUGGGGCGGUUUGCGGGGAAGCAGUGGUACUAUGGCAAGGUGACGCGUCAUCAGGCAGAGGUGGCUCUAAACCAGAGAGGAGCGGAGGGAGACUUCCUCAUCAGAGACUCUGAGUCAUCGCCCAGUGAUUUCUCCAUCUCUCUGAAGGCCCAGGGGAAGAACAAGCAUUUUAAGGUUCAGUUGAAGGAUGUUGUGUACUGCAUUGGCCAGCGGAAGUUCAGUUCUCUGGAGGACUUGGUGGACCACUACAAGAAGGCGCCCAUCUUCACCAGCGAGCAGGGAGACAAGCUCUACCUGGUUAAGGCCCUGGCUGCGUCUUGAUCACACACUCUUAAACACACACACACAGACAAACGUACAGUAACAGACUUUUACACAUCACAAGGACUUCCUGUGCGCAGGGAGCCGUGAUCAUUCCAUUAGGAAAGGGGGAGGAUGAGAGAAAGAGAGGUGGAGAGGGAGAAAAGGACAUUGGACUCUCCUUUAUGUAAAUCAUCCUAUCUUACCCAGAUCAUCUGUUUACUUCUAGGUCAUAAUGCCAUCUUCUAGUUAUAGGCUGUUUCUGUUUAUAAUAUAUAUAUAUAUAUAUUCUUUUAAGUUUCUUUAAAAAAAAAAGGUGAGGCGGUUUGGUUGCCUAGCUACACAUUUCAACGGACUUGUUGUGUCGUUGUCGGUCUCUUUCAACGUCGUACAACAACUGACGUGUGGUGGACAAUAAUCCACACUUCUCCUAACUGCUCAACCUAAAUAAAAAUGAUUAAGUGACCAAGUU